GCAAUUGCAUCAAGAAGAGCCAGAAGAUACACGAGCUGAACGCAAUGAAGUCAGAAGAUUAGAACAACGACAAUCACGCCGUUUCACAGUCAAUAGACGAAGAACAAAUAACCAACAACGACAACAGGAACAUCGAGCAUUUAUAUCUGAUUCAUUCCUGCGUCUAGCAUUCCAGUAUGAGCCCGAUAUUGAAUAUUAUGCUCAUUCAAAAGUGGUAAUUGGUGCUAUGGACAAGGAAUGUCCGCAUUGUCAUGCUCUGAAAUUCAAAAAUGAGCCAGCUGGGAUGUGUUGCGCGUCAGGAAAAGUGCAACUACCUGAAAUUGAAACACCACCUGAACCAUUGAACGGCUUACUUAUCGGCACGGAUCCAGAUUCUAACGUGUUCCUGAAGUCAAUUAGAAGAUUCAAUUCAUGCUUUCAAAUGACAUUGUUCGGAGCAACAGAAAUAGUUCGAAAUACUAAUACAAAUGGUCAACAAUUCAAUUCUACAUUCAAAAUCAGAGGCCAAGUUUAUCUUAAAAUGGGCUCACUGCUGCCAAUGCCAAACAAACCACAUAAAUUCUUACAAAUCUACUUUAUGGGCGGCGAGGAUUCCGGAAGCGCACUUGCCAAUCGCGUGAAUGCACGUUGUGAUUAUAAUAACCUUGAUUCACUUUAUGCCAGGCGCAUCGUCAGCGAGCUAGAUGCUCUUUUGAACGAGCACAACGAGUUGUUGAAAAUAUUCAAAUCACAUAUGCACCAAUUACAAAGCGAUAAUCACGCUAUCGUCAUUAAUCCUGAUAAAACACCAGCUGGAGAGCAUAUUCGUAGAUUCAAUGCACCCGUUGUUGAUGAUGUUGCUGGAAUCAUGGUUGGCGAUUGUACAGCUGCACGAGAAAUUGUGAUUCGUAGAAGAAAUAAUAAUCUUCAGUUCAUUGCUGACACACAUCGUUCAUAUGACGCUCUCCAAUAUCCGCUAAUAUUCUGGAAGGGACAAGACGGAUAUUGCAUAAACAUAAAACAACGAGAUCCCGUAUCAGGAGCUGAAACAAACAAGAACGUUAGCUCAAAGGAUUAUUAUGCGUACCGAUUAAUGAUUAGACGUGGCCUGGAAAACGUCAUUUUACGAUGUCGUGAGCUUUGUCAACAAUUCAUGGUCGACAUGUACGCGAAGAUUGAGAGCGAACGACUACGAUACUUACGAUAUAAUCAACAAAAGCUGCGCGCGGAAGAGUACAUUCAUUUGCGAGACGCUAUCAACAACAACGCUGACGUCGCCGAAAUUGGUAACCAUGUCAUUUUACCAUCAUCGUACGUAGGCAGUCCACGUCAUAUGCAAGAAUAUAUACAGGAUGCUCUGACUUUCGUGCGCGAAUAUGGACGACCAUGUUUAUUUAUCACGUCCACAUGUAAUCCAAAAUGGCCAGAGAUUACAUCUUUGCUACUGCCUGGCCAAAAUGCAAUACAUCGCCAUGACAUUACAGCACGUGUGUUCAGACAAAAGUUGAAGUCUUUAAUAAGUUUCAUUACUAAAUCACAUGUAUUUGGUCCCACACGUUGCUGGAUGUAUUCGGUUGAGUGGCAAAAGCAAGGAUUACCUCAUGCACACAUUUUGGUUUGGUUCAUCGACAAAAUCCGUCCUGAAGAAAUCGAUAGUAUCAUUUCUGCGGAAAUUCCAGAUCCAUCCACUGACCAACUGCUGUUUGAUAUUGUUACAACAAACAUGAUUCAUGGUCCAUGUGGUACUCUUAAUAGUUCAUCGCCUUGCAUGGCUGAUGGAAAAUGUACUAAAAAUUUCCCUAAAGAUUUUACCAAUGAUACGGCCACAAAUGUCGACGGAUACCCAAUAUAUCGUCGAAGAAAUCCUGAAAAUGGCGGACAAUCAUUUAUUAAAAAUAUCAUCAACACAGACAUUGAUAUUGACAAUCGUUGGGUGGUGCCAUAUUCGCCUCUGCUGAGCAAGACAUAUAAUGCUCAUAUUGAGUUCUGCAGUUCUGUGAAGAGCAUCAAAUACAUUUGCAAGUAUGUCCAUAAAGGCAGUGAUAGGGCUGUGUUUAGAGUGGAAAAUACUAAUGUGAAUGCUCCUCCAGUGAAUAAAAACGAUGAAAUAACGCUCUACCAAAUUGGUCGGUACAUUGGUCGGUAUACAUUGGUCGGUACAGCUCCGAUGAAGCUGCUUGGCGUAUCUUUGGUUUUCCAAUUCAUGAACGGGAUCCAGCAGUUGUUCAAUGAUUUUGGUGCCUUUGCACGAACAUUACUCUAUUCACAAGUACCACACUAUUUCACAUGGACUCAAACAAAAACAUGGAUGCCUUGCAAGCAAGGCUCACCAGUUGCUGCAUGUCUCAAUUUAUUCAAAUCAAACGCCUUGGGGCGAUUAUUUACAGUCAAUCCAAGACACACGGAGUGCUUUUAUCUUCGACUGUUAUUGGUUAAUGUUACUGGCCCAUUAUCAUUUCAAGAUAUACGUAAAGUGAAUGGGCAACAAUAUCCAACGUAUAAAGAUGCAUGCCUUGCACUCGGCUUGCUGGAAAACGACAACCAGUGGGAAUGCAUGCUUGCUGAAGCUGCAUUGAACUGUACAGCAAUACAAAUUCGUCUACUAUUCGCUAUAGUGUUGACUACAUGUUUCCCAGCCCGAGCACAGAUAUUAUGGGAAAAUCAUAAAGAUUCAAUGACUGAUGAUAUAUUGCAUCAACAUCGUAUACGGUGCCACGAUCUAACCAUAACAUUCAGCGACGAAAUGUACAAUGAAGCAUUGAUUGCUAUUGAGGAUCUUUGCAUUGUCAUUGCCAACUUACCACUUAGUAAUUUCGGUAUGAAUUCGCCAAAUCGAACUGCAUCUGAUUUAAUGAAUACUGAAAUGAAUCGUGAACUGCAGUACAGUACUGUAGAAAUGGCAGCGAUUGUUGCCCGCAAUGUCCCACUAAUGAAUGAGGAACAAAGAACCAUUUAUGAUCGCAUUAUGCUCGCAGUUUCAGCUGGACAAGGUGGGUUGAAACGACCAUGGCCACUGUGCUGA